CUUCUCCAGCCCUCCAUACAAUACACCUCCAAACCCAUACUCAUACUCUCUAACGUUACCUCCCUCCCUCCCUCCCUUCGUCCCAAACAACACACAUCCACUCACGCAUGAACAUUCAUCCCCGACCGCAAAAAUGGACUUCGCCGCCUUAAUGUCCAAAGAAAUCUCCAAGGCCAAAGCCAGCGCCAACCCCCAAACCCCCUCCCCAUCACCCACGCCCACUCCCACGACAUCGAGCGAACCGAAAAAAUACACCCGCCGCGCCGACCUCGAAGCCGCCCGCCUGGCCGCCUACAACGAGGAACAAGCCCGCCUGGCCGCCGAGCGCGCCGCCCGCCACGCCCAGAAGCGCAAGGCCGAGGACGAGGAGGCCGCACGCCGGCGCGAGCGCGAGGACAAGAAGCGGCGGCUGGCGGAGGAGUCGCGCCGGCGGCGGGAGGAGGAGGAUGCGCUGCGCGAGCGGGAGAGGCGGCGGCGGCUGGGGCUGCCCGAGUCAACUCCCUCAGAGGGGGAGGUCGGGCAAGAUGGGCAGGCAGGGCCAGGGGAAGAGGCGCUCUCGGCGGAGGAGGUGAAGCAGCGGUUGCGGGAGCUGGGGGAGCCGGUGACGCUCUUCGGGGAGGGGGAGAAGGCGCGCGCGCGACGGUACUGGCGGGUGGUGCGGAAGGAUGACCUCCGGCCUGAUGGCGAGGCGGUGCAGCAGCGACAGAAGUGGACGGACGGGCCGAUCCCCACGAUGCUGGAGCUGGUGCCCGAGGUGGAGAUGAAGAUCCCCGCAACCGUCCCGAAGGAUGAUGCCGGCAAAAAGUUUCUGUUCCGCCAGCUGGCCUCGUAUUUCACCAUGGUCCUGAAGGAGUGGGAGGCCGCGCUGGCGAACCGCGAUGUCUCGGUCAAGCAGAGUCUGCAGGGCCGGCAGGCGUUUAACGCCAUGGUGCAGUCGCGCGAGAAUAUGAAGCCGCUGUUCCGCAAGUUCGAGAAGGGCGAUCUCGAUGCCGGCGUCUUGGAGCAUGUCGUCGAGAUCGUCCACAAGGCGCAGCUGCGUCGCUAUGUCGAUGCUAAUGAUGCGUAUUUGCGGUUGAGUAUUGGGAAAGCUGCGUGGCCCAUCGGUGUGACCAUGGUGGGUAUCCACGAGCGUUCGGCGCGUGAGAAGCUGCAUCAGAGUGAUCAGCAGGCCCAUAUUCUGAGCGACGAGAGCACCCGCAAGUAUCUCCAGAGUAUCAAGCGGUGUCUCAGCUUCGCUCAGACCCGGUGGCCGCCGGACGACCAGUUGCAGAUUAUGGGUUGA